AUGCAUAAUAAUCCAAUUACUAAUUUGUUCAUUAAAUCAAAUGGUUCAGUAGUUAUCAAUUUAAAAAAAGAUAAAGGUGGACCUGAUAUUGUGAAGUUGCGCCUUCAAUUAACAUUGAACGAAAUUUUUAACGGAUCAAUAAAAUCAGUUGAGCUGAAAAGAAAACCUAGUACUCUUUGUGAUUCAAUAUCAAAUAAACUGCAAGUUCUGAAAAUAAAUAUACCACGUGGAUUUCCCACAGGAGGAACAUUAAAGUCUGAGGUAUCAAAGCCAGACAUAGGAUACAACAAUGUUAAAACUGUAUACAUAUUUACCACGGAGGAUUUACCCCAUAAAGUUUUUAAACGAGAUAAGAUGAAUUUAAUUAUGGUUCAAAAGGUUUUGUUGAAACAAGUAUUACUUGGUAUAAGAAUUGUUAUUAACACAUUAGACCAUAAAGUAUUAAGAGUAAAUAUCACGGAAGUUAUAACGCAAGAUUAUGUAAAAUUAAUCCACAAUGAAGGUAUGCCUGAUAUGAAUGAUCCAUCACAGCGUGGUGACAUAAUCAUCCUGUUUGACAUAAUUUAUCCACUUUAUUUGCCAAUUACAGAUGACACAUUUUGUGAAUUAUUGAACGACAAAAAUAAAUACCUAAAUAAUAAGUAG